AACGGACAUCCGCAUCAGUCAUGGCAGAUGCGAGGUAUUGAAGAAUUUUGUCAACGGGAGCGCGGCCAAGGUCUUCUCUGUUGUAAUAUUGCGGAAUCGCUACCGGAUCCGAAAGACUUAUCAUAUCGGGCUCGAGGGCGGGACGGGUGUCCACUUUUCUACCCAUCCGGCACGGCUCCGUGCAUUCGGGGUUCUUGGCCUAGCGCAGUCGAUCAUACCACGCGGGCGUGUUAACGAAUCCUGAAACGCUUCCGGGGGGGUCCCCUUUGAAAUCAACCGGUGGUCUUUGGGGGUUGAUCAGGCGGCGUGUUGACGACGUCACCGAACGUUGAGCGUCACACAGGCUGUUGAAACCCCUCGAUUGCCAUGGUACCUGAGUCUCUCUUAUCAACUUCCGCAGGCGUCACACGCCCUCCGCGUUUACCAAAUUUCCCUUCCACAGAGGCAACUGAAUCUCCAAGGCCAGAUGCCCUGCGCAAUCUUGACCACACAUCCCGCCCAGGCUGUCCUGGAGCCCAAACCUCGAAGCCACCCACAAAACAUACUAGAAACAAAAAGAUAACUCCUCAGAGGGAGCUUAUGAGAUGACAAGAGUGGGAUUCGAACCCACGCCAAUUACUUGACUAGCACCUGAAGCUAGCGCCUUAGACCGCUCGGCC